UGGAUUUUCUAUCUACGAUUUAAGCCCUGGGGCCAAUACACUACAUACUAUCAGGGUGUUCUAAAUCCACUGUUGUCGAAACGUCGCCUCGUCAUGGAGCCACCAGUUCAACCUUGCCUCCUCAACCAGUCUCUUCACUUCGACCAGACCACAUACCCAACCUACACGGAGGUUUUCGUCUUAAACAGGGACCGCCUGUAUCGCAAAGGAGACGUCCUUACCGUCAAGGUGGUGGCAAGAGAUAAAGAAGGAAGGCCGAAGACGUACGGAGGAGACUUUUUCCGUGUCAGACUGGUCAGCAGUGACCGUUCGCUACAGGCCAGUAGUGCCGGUCACGUCACUGACCACUGUAACGGCACCUACACCGUGCAGUUCCCACUCUACUGGGUAGGGGGCGUUUCGAUAAAGAUCCAGCUUGUCCAUCCUAGCGAGGCAGUGAAGGUUCUACAGAGACUGCGACAAAUUCCGAACAAGAGAGUCUUCUACUGCAAAUUCGAGGAUCAGAAGACCAAUUCUAAAUCUAAACAGCAAUGCUUCAGCUCUAACAACCCCAGCCUACCACCCCACCGACAGUGCGAUUUCUCACAACCAGAGGCAAACGGAACCUGGAUUUGUGAGAAACCGGAGAAACUACCGUGUUCCGCCAUCACAAAGUGCCAAUGGUACUAUAAGGGCAUAACAAGGGUACUGGGAUUCGUGUCUGAAGCGGAAAAGAAACUUUCCAAAAAGCCAUAUCUUGAGACUGAACUUGACGUAGAUCCCAAGGAGCCCAUACGAGUCCUUGAGACAGAACUGCCCACACCAGAACACCUUCCAGCGUGUACCGGGAACACGCGUGAGUCCGGAGCUUCGCUGGGACAUUGGUCAGGCAAGGUGUGGAAGUCAGCGGUCUGUAAUGUCCGAGUCUUCACUAAGGAAGACAUCCGGCAAUGCCUGGCUAACAAGACCGUGUACAUGCAAGGUGACUCUACCAUUAGGCAAUGGUGCGAGCGUUUGCAGAAGGUUGUACCGCUGCACAACGACGACAGAACCAUGGAUUCUGAUGGUUUGCCAAUCUUUUCUUUAAGACUUACUAGGACUCUUUUGGUCAACAACACGUUUUCGAAUAAGCAGCAUGUACAACGGUGUCCUGGAUACUUUCUUUUUCUGACAAAGCCAAAAAAUUGA